CUUGUACUUUAGUUGGAAAACAAGGAGAGAACAAAACAAGAAUUUUCAAGUGUGUCAAAAAUUGUAUGACAUGCGCAUUAGUUGAGGCGCGAAAACGAGGCAGUAAUCUCCACAAAUUAAGACCCCGUAAGCAUGUUAAAAAUUGCGUGAUGUGUGACGUGGCUUUUGCACAUGGUCUUGGUCAAAUAAGACGAAAGGAAGCAGGUUACCUUCUUAUGAUGCGACAGUGUCAACAAUUACGCUGCCUAGAAAAAAUAACAUUCCAGUCCCAAGCAAGAGAUAUUGGACAUCACAGGGUUAAGAGGGACUCGUCAAAGGAAGGGGAUUCCGGCAAAGGAAAGCAGAAAGGUAAAGGAAAGGGCAAAGAAAAGUCAACGAUUGCAGGUAUUUCUACAACACCUAGAUUAACUGUAAGGGUUAAACGAGAUGAAACAACUGGACUAACAACGCCCAAACCAACUCAAUCUUCUCUCGGUGGUUAUGACGGUAUGGGCAGUUUUUAUGGCGAAGAACAGGUUCCCAAAACGGAGCAUGAAAUCAGAGCGACCACUGAAAAACCGGAAGUGACGACAGUGGAUAAACAUCACGUGACUAUGACUGCAGAAAGUGAGAAUAACGGGUUGUUUGGUCCAACAACAGAGGCAAACACGGCUAAUUCGUCUUCUAUAGAAGAGAAAGACGGAAAUAGCAGCGACUAUAAGGAUACCACUGUGUAUAAACCUAAUGAAACAACCAGUGUCCAAGAGUUGGAAACUAAACCCACUAUAGAUGGGGAUGGUGUAAACCAACCUACGACGGAAAAUUCACAUGUGCUGCCUGGCAUGGAAAAUAACAGCAGUUACCGAAUGACGCUUGGGGAGCAAUUAAAUCAAAUCGAGAUGAGGAUUACUAGUUGGGAUGACGACAUAGGUAUCCAAGCAACAGCGAUUGUUGUUAGCAACAUAAGUGCGGUCUUAAGUGAACAUUCUGACGUCACUAAUGAUGACCUAGAUAAAGUCCUGGCGCUCCUCGACAUCAUUACUAGAACUUCCAAAAGCAACGCCAGCUUAGAAACGGGCAAGAACAUCAUCAAUAUAGCUAAUUUAAUGACGGCCCAGUUCAAUAAAAUUGGUCAGAACACGCCAAUGGCAGCAAAGCUACUAGAUGUGGUGGAGAGAAUGUUCCUGAAAAUUGCAGAAACAAAAACUACCUUUGAACAUAUUUCUCGAGACAGUGUUGUGUCUGCAACAAUACAGCAAUUAACGAUGGAAUUAAACAAACAUCCGCAGAUGAUUACUAGGAGACUUAAUCCCAGCGUGUCUGUUUCCCUUGAUCCUAGAAGCUUUCUUGGUCAAUCCGUUACUUUGGCAUCAAUAGUGUAUGAAGGACUAGAAGACGUUCUACCUGUAUCUAUAGAUACAAACAGAAAUGGAACCAAAGAGGUCCCUAUUUAUACCCUAAUAAACUCAAACAUUGUGUCCUUGUCCAUAACUGGAGCACCCAAUACAGUUGAUCUCAAAGCGUAUCCAAUGUCAAUCACCAUGGAGAAAUCAGUCAGGUUCAGUAACGGCACCGAAUUAUGUGUAUUUUGGAACUUUAAUUCAGAUUCAUGGUCAACUGAUGGUUGUUUUCUUGGCACAAAUACUAGCGACACACAUACAGAGUGCGUUUGUUCACAUUUAACAAACUUUGCAGUACUCAUGCAGUUUAAUGACGCUAUUGAGAUUACCAAGUUUCAACAGAGGGCACUGAUGAUCAUAAGCAUCACAGGAUGUUGCCUUUCGAUUAUAUGCUUGAUUAUUACUGUCGCAGUCUACAUAAGAUACAAGCUAGUCAUUAGGUCUGAACGAAUUAUGAUCCAUACAAACCUUGCAUGUUCUUUGUGUAUUGGCCAGUUCUUGUUCCUAUUUAGCGAACUCUCAACCACAGAUUGGGUGUUAUGCAAGGUAGUGGCCUUUCUCCUACACUUUUUCUUUAUGGCCACUUUCUCCUGGAUGUUGAUUGAAGGCGUACAGCUCUACGUGAAAUCAAUCAAAAUAUUUGCCCAUUCUUAUGAUACUCGAGUCAUAUUUCUCUUCGUGGGAUGGUUGAUACCAAGUGUAGUAGUUAUCUCAUCAUUUGGCGUGAAGCAUUCUGGCUACGGUAUUUCCGACAACUCGUUGCUUAACGAGGAGGCGAACAAAUCAUGCUGGUUAUCCACGAAAGAUGGGACAAUAUGGGCAUUUGUCGGUCCUGCUAUGGCUGUAAUGGCGUUCAAUUUCCUAAUCACUGGGCUUGUGAUCCGAGUGUUUCUGACGUUAAAGGCGAACUCAGAAAAAUCAACAUAUGAACGGUUAAGGGCUGGUCUCAAAGCGAUAGUGAUGUUACAGCCAUUGCUAGGGCUAACAUGGCUAUUUGGUUUACUCGGAUCUAUCAGCUCCGACACAGUGAUAUUUCAGUAUCUUUUCGCCAUUUGUAACUCUCUUCAGGGCGUGUUUAUAUUCAUACUUCACUGCGUUUCUAACGAUGAAGUUACGAAAGCAUACAAUAAACGGCAGAGAUCAAUCAUGACAAGUACCUCAGUCGUCCUAGAUACAGACCCGUCGCAAUCCGCUAGUGUAACAACAAAUGGCAAGUUUAUUUCGCUGGCGGGUUUGGGAAGCGCCGCCGUCGCCGCAUUUAGACUCGGGCGUCAGAAAUCUCGUGUUAAUAACAGCAGCAAUCCGCCGUUACAACAUCUCCAUAGUGACAACAAUAUUGAGGAAAUAAAUCUGAACAUUGACGUCUGCAAAUUAUCGAUGACGUCAUCUCGACAAAUAAAUAAAAGACAAGAAUCGAAAGAUGCUUGGAAAUAAAAGAAAAUCCUUUCCGUCCAGAGCAGUUGCAGGCAUUCCUAAAUGUAGAAACGGUCGUUUAACAGAUCAUACUCUCUUCCUGAGAUUAUUGCCAUUUCAUAACUGUAAAAUACGAUUUGAAUUUCUUAUUACUUUUUAUUAAAUAGUAUUGCAGUCC